CCGCGACGUGUGCCCGCGACCGUGGGCGCACCUAGUGCGAACGCGAGGCCGUCGGGCACCUUUGGGCCACCGGCAACCGAGGUGAAGAGGUUGACGGAGGAGGAGAUGGCGCGGAGACGUGAGAAGGGGCUGUGUUUUCGGUGCGAGGAAAUGUACAUGCCGGGACAUCGGUGCAAACAGAAUUUCUUGAUCGAGUUCAUGGACUCGGAUGAAGAGGAGCCGGUGAUCGAGGAAGAACGGGAGGUGGAGGUCGAGGUGCUCAAUGAUGAGGCCGAGAUCUCAGUCCAUGCGAUGGCGGGCACUAAAGGGCCGAGAACUAUGAAGUUACCGGCGUGGCUGAAAUAUCGACGGGUUACAGUACUC